CAUCCUACACAAUCAUUUCCUACGUGUCAUUUUCUUUAAUAAAGUCAAACUCAAAGAACACAUCUGACAUCGACAUUUCUAUGAGAGCCUGAGGAUGGAUUCUCAAAAUUAAGCGUCAGGACCGGAAGUAUCGAUACUUCUGUAUCGAUCCGCACAUCCGUACUAGUUAGCCUACUUUUAAUUGAUAGAAACCGAAGCCAAUGAUAUAUUCCAUUUUCUGCCUCUCUUAUCAAUUAAAAUCAGCUACAUUCUUUCUUUGAUUAUGAAUGGAAGGAAACGGUGUUUCUUUUUUUCUGCAGAAUCGAAGCACUUGUUAGCAGGUUACUUUACAAGCCAUAUAUAUGUGACACAUUGCUAAUUUUCUCAGUUAGGCCGACAAUAACUUUUUUGAAUUAAUUUUGUAGCCUACAUAAAAUACACUAGUCCGUUUGCUGCAUGUAUUGUAUCUUAACGUGUUUUUCGCUACCUCCUUUCAAUGUUUAAUAUAGGCCUAGUUAAUAUGAAAAUGACAGAGGGCUGUAUAAUUUCCGUGACAUUUAACGCGUCCAGCUGGAGAGGGUCCAACUGCUGGCACUGCGGGGACAACGUGUGGGUGAAGUUAUUCUGGAUAUAGCCUAACAAUUAUGCAUAUUCGGUGCUGCACUAGGAUAUAGCACGAGAUUGCGCGCGCGAUCGCGCGUGUGUGCGCGUCUGAUAGAGAGAGAGAGAGAGAGAGAGACAGAGAGAGAGAGAGAGACCUUGUCGCAUAUUUACAGGGCUGUUUCCCCCCAUUUCAGUGAGACUUUCUUUGCGACAGGGACACGAGGACUUCAUUUUCCAAAAGAACAAAAGAAGAAAGAAAAAAAGACUUCAAAUGACCCCCCUUUAUCUCUGCUGUUGCGUCUGCUGUAGGUUAGUCCAGAACGCGUCACAGAGUGUUUAUGGGGAAUGAUCACAUUUUCUGAAGUUGCUUCCUACAAAAUGACGAAAUACAUUUGGUUGCCUUAUGUCUCUGGAUCUUUUAAAAAAGAUGGCUACAUCAAUUCAUCAGAUAUUUAUUCAAAUUUCUACGAUUUUCCAAAUCAUUCUUCGUUUUGGAAUUUUACUCUAGAUGAAGGAAUAUAUGAUAACGGGACCAAAUAUGAAACCGAAUCACAGAACCCUACAGUAAAGGCUUUGCUUAUUGUGGCUUAUUCUGUUAUUAUCGUCAUUUCACUGUUUGGAAACAUUUUGGUCUGUCACGUUGUUUUGAAAAAUAAGCGGAUGCAUUCUGUAACAAGUUUGUUCAUUGUGAAUUUGGCAAUUGCUGACAUAAUGAUCACCCUUCUGAACACCCCUUUUACUCUGGUAAGGUUUGUCAACAGUACGUGGGUUUUUGGAAAACUGAUGUGCCAUGUCAGUCGCUUCGCACAGUACUGUUCAGUUCAUGUGUCAGUGCUGACCCUCGCAGCCAUCGCAAUUGAUCGUCAUCAAGUCAUCAUGCACCCCCUGAAACGGAGGAUGUCUAUGUUGAGUGGAUUUAUCUGUAUCGCCGUGAUCUGGGUAACAGCCUCGUGUUUCUCGUUACCGCAUGCAAUCUAUCAGAAGCUCUUCCGCUUUGAAUUCGGUUACAAAAAGGUUAGAAUGGUGUGUCUGCACAGCUUCCCUCAGCCUGCCGAUUUGUUCUGGAAGUACUUGGAUCUGGCCACGUUUGCACUUCUGUAUGUUCUGCCAUUGACAAUAAUCUCCGCGGCCUACAUCGUUGUGGCCAAGAAGCUGUGGAUGAGGAACACAAUAGGAGACGUGACCAUGGAGCAGUACUUUGCCCAGCGGCGCAAGAAGAAGACCACCUUAAAGAUGCUAAUGCUGGUGGUGGUGGUCUUUGCAGUCUGCUGGUUCCCACUUAACUGCUAUGUGAUUCUGGUUUCCAGCAAAGCCAUUGUCACCAACAACGCCCUGUACUUCACUUUCCACUGGUUCGCCAUGAGCAGCACUUGCUACAACCCCUUCAUUUACUGCUGGCUGAAUGACAGCUUCCGCUCGGAGCUCAGGUCCCUGCUCUGCAUGUGUCGAGGGUUGCAGCACGUCCAUACCCAGGCUAUGCCCAGUGCCUCCCCACCUUUUCGGAAUGCAUGGGUGGAGAGUGUAAGUGCUGAAAACCAAACGCUGCAGCACGGAACCAAGUCUACCCUUAGCUCAGGGAAAACAGACAUCUUCAUUGUUGAGCCAAUCGUAGCUGUUUCCUAGAGACAGAGCAGUCCGAGGGGACCUUAACAGUUGUGUCGACGGUCAGCAGUUCCAUUGAAUUCACCAUGGAGUGUGUUCUCAACCUGCAUUUGGAAAGAUAUGGCUUCACACUGGAGAAACUACUGUUAAAUUCCUCCUCCCUUCCAGUUGAUGGAAUGCAGAAUGGAAGGGAGCAGCGGGUGUUUGAAUGUGUUUCAGAUGAUAUGUGCAAGUGUACCUGAAUGGAUAUUGCACAUUUAAUCAGACAUUCCAAAUUAGGGAAUAAAAUGGUACGUAAAAAGUUGUUGUAAAAAAUGUACAUUUGUUCUUCUCUCCAUUUUGUUAUAUGAGGUGAUAUUUACAUUUUGUUGUAUUUCACAAAGUUAUUUAAUUGCUUUCUCAGACAUGAACAUGUGUAUGUUUUAUUUAAAGAAAGAGUUAGCCUCUUUAUUUUAACUGAAUUUGUAACAAUUCAGUCACUGAAUUCAUAUCGUAGUUAUCAUCUGUCUGGACAUUUACAUGCCACUUAAUGUCCAGUCAUUAUUGUUUUUGAACUACUGAUUGUAAAAAGGGGAUAAAAACACAUGCAUCAUCUGCAUCCCUCCUUUGCUUUCCAGUGCAACAUUUUGUUGAUUCUAAACAGCUGUACUGUACAAGUUUACCGUAUAUAUCCCCAUCUGUUUGCCUUCCAAAGCUGUUGCCGUAUUACAUUCCACAUAGGUAUAUUAUUAACCUGUCAGUUUUUCAUAAAUAACUGUUUACAUUUUAAUUUUAAAACUUUCAGAAUAUAUAUUUGUUUUUCUGGUCUUGAUAAAUACAAAUCGUUUACAAUAUGGCAGCAGCAGGAAUCAUGUAGCCGGUGAUUAUUAUUUUGCUGACUUAAGUAGGUAGGUAGUCAUCGUGCAAUUGUAGCAAAACCUUUUUUAAUUUCAAAAUGAUUACAUUUUUCAUAAACUGCAAUUACCUAUCAUCAGGUACCACAUAAUAAAGGCAGAAUGAGGUGAAGUACCACUGUGAGGACAUUUCAAAUAAUGAAAUGAACCAGGGUUGAAAAGCACAAGUUGAAAGAAAUGAUUGGCCACAUACAAUUUACAUGUUACAAAAAAUAAAAACAUGUAAAAACCACACCAACCACAAACUCAAUUAUAGUACUGUAUGUGUAGCUGGAGGACACAGGGAAGAAGACAGUUCAAUUGUCCGAUGCACUGAUGUUGAUUAAAGCUUUGAAUAUAAGUAUUAGUGAACCUUAUGCUUUUGGAGCAUCACCAUAGCUGCAUUUCUGCAGUACGAAGUGAAAAGUCUUUAACAUUCACCAACAUGGUAAUUGGCUGUGACCGAAGAGCUUAGCAAAGAAUCGGAGCAAUGGCAGAGCUAGGCAUUAAUAUAUCAAUAAUAUUAUACACCACACACAUAGUCACCAUGUGUAUGCUGUAGAAUGUGUGAAUUACAUCUGACAGUGAACCGUAGCCAAAAUGCUCUAAUUGAAAUGGUAGUGAAUGAGAUAAUAUACAUCAGAGUCAAACAUACUUAGGGCAGACCUGGUGCACCACAACCAUAGCUGUGUGCUUCUGGUAUAUUCUUUGGCAUUCUGUACAGCAUAGCACAAAAAAGUUUAUGCAUAUUAUUUGUUCUAAAAGUAUUAUUGUGGAGAACAGCAGAUAUUUCACUAAACAACUAAAAGAUUUCAGCAGAAACUAAAAUACUGAAUGCUGAAGCCUUUUCAUUUUCAUAUUCUGACAAUAAAGCAUAAAACUUAAACUUAAAAUGACAUUUUGCCAUUUAAUUUUGUGGAGAAGGUGAUUUUGAAAAUACUCUAUAGAAUCGUUGUGCAAAUGAGGUAGAAGUGAAUGUAAUUAUGAAGCUGCAUUAAACUGUUUAUAAAGGCAUUCUUGUCAACCAGUUAGAUUUAAAAAAAUGUUUUUGUUCUCCAUGCUUGGUACUACGGUUUGGAAUAUUUAAAGACAAAAACACAUCAUUAAAGUAGCUGAUUCUCAGCAGAUUCUGUAAGAUUCUUUAAAUGCAAAAAAAUGUGUUUUGGUGAAGAAAACAUCAUUUUUUUCUGUUCUAUGAAAUUGGUACUUAAAGGAGUACCAUGGUGAUUUUCACACUUUCUCGGUUUUAUGUGCUAUUUGCACAAGAGGCAUUGAAGAAACACAACGAGUAAAGUAUUAAAUAUGUCGGUUCUGUAUUUUUGGAGAAAUAUGCGUUUUAAAUUUAUCGUCCUAUUUUCAACCGGUUGAGAAAGUAGUCAACUUGGUGCGUCACAAACACAGUAACCACUCCCCUUUCCACGCCCCGUAAACCCAUGGAUAACUCGAGACCCAUAGUUUGCGCCGCUGGCUUACAGGCAAGACAAUGCAAAUAUUUGACUAACGUUAGGUUCACUUAAAUUAGAGUGCCUUUUAAGGACUAUUAGAUUAUUUCUGGUUAUAUUCAUUUAGCUAGCUAGGUAGUUUGCUUUCAUAAGGCAAUAUUAUCGAUAACGUUAGCUAGCUGGUUUGCUUUUAUGAGGACGUUAUAGUUGUGCUUUUAUCUUAACUUGGCUAGCUAGAUAGCAAAAAUUAUAAUUGGAUAUAAGUCAACGUCCUUACCUUAGCUAUCUAUCGAUACUUGAUAUACUACUAAGCUAGCUAGCUUGUGAAAAGUCUCCCAAAAAGAGCGCGUAUCAUGGGGGUAGCUAUGGUAAUGGGGCACGGUCUGUCAAUCAUAGCUAACUGACAGUUCUCAUUACCACGCCCAGACGGUUCGGGUGAACUUUUAUAGUGGGAAAUUUAGGCUUAGAAAAAUACAUUUUAAAGUACAUUGAAAUGACUGAAUAAUAAAAAAAUUAUGCACAUUUGUUUUGUUGUUGCCUAAAGACAACUGGGUGUCACGUUCAGCCACCAUGUUACUCCUUUAAGGUUGCAUCACUGAUCUUGGCCAGAGAUUAUGACGAAGCAUUCGGAAUUAGGUGGAAAACGGGAAAAUCAGAAACCACAUAAUGAAUAAUGCUGAUUUUCCUUUCAAAUGGUUAUCCUCAGCAGAGUUCUUCAACUUCAUAGCUCAGGUUUAUUUUUAGGUUUGUCAGAAGGCAUCAGGGCUGUACAGUAAAGAUUAAUCACGGCAUCUCCUGGUCCUGCAGAGAAACUCAUGGUUACUUUAAUAUAACUUACUGGCAGCUGAACUGCAUUUCACUGUACAGUGAAGUACUGUUAAAUUUUACAGUCUGCAAAAUAGGCACUUUAUUAUACAAUAAUGAAUUUUUGUGAUACUGUUAUCUAAAGGUACAGUUGUUUACAGCAACAUCAAUGGUAUAUAUAGGUUCUAGUACAAUGUAAACCGAAUGAAGAGUGAGCAUUUCCAUAACAAUAUCAGCAUGGUCUUUCAUGGGUCAUUAAAGUUACACUUCUGACAAGGUAUUUAAAGGCAUAUUAUGCAACAUUUUAGCCUUGCUGUGAUCCUGUGUUUACAAUAAAAGAAGUCUCCUUCAUUUUCAACCCCGCCUACUCACCUCCAAGAACCCUAAUUCGGCCAUCUAGCGAAGCUACCUAAAGUAGCUAGCUGGACAACCAGAGGUAACGUUACUUACAGGUUUAACAGAAAACAUGGCAAGUUGCCAACUCACAUGUCACUUUUCAUCCCCAUUGUGUACUUCAGGUGUCACCGUUGAGGAAAAGCUAUUCCAAGGUUGACUGUUUUUUUGGAUGAGCAUGUCGACUUGUCGUUUCACUGCACUUGUUCUUCUUUAUUUCCGACAUUUCAGUAGCUAGCUACAAAUGCUCCGCUGAAACCUGAUCCCAAACCACAGGCUCUGUAGCCACACCCCCCACACAGAAAAACGUGCCUAGAAACAUCCCAAACACAUUUUAGAAGAAGAAAUACAGGCAGAGGAGCAUGGAUUCAACAAAUGUGCACAAAGACAAAGAUUGCCGGUACAUCGUAGAUAAAAACGGUUAUUUUAUUAUAUUUUUAAUGUAAGAAUCCUGCAUAGUAUGCCUUUGAAAUAAACUUGUUUGCUGUGCAGAAAUUUGUGUCAACUUCUAACAUUUCAAAUGAUGAGGCACUGUUGAACUAUGAAACUUUUACCAAUAUCUUACAUAAAAACUCAUCCUUAACACGCAAGUAUGAAUUGUCAAUAAAAACAAAUGAAAUGCUUGUUUCUUAUCAUAAACAAAUCCAAUAUACUGAAAAAAACAGUUACAUGGUUCAAUCUUUGAAUUUACAAAUUUCAUGACAGAUGUGUUGCUCAAGUAACAAGUGAAAAUAUUAUCCUGUAUGUGUAUAUUGACUGAUUCCUUUGUGCUAAAAAUGUAGAAUUAAAAGAAAUGUUCCCUGUACUAAAUGUGAUGUGUGCAUAGUGUUUUCUAUUGUGUUCAGUACACGUUGAUACAAUUGAAAGAAUUGCAAGUACUUCCUGUAAGUGACAUAUCUCACAGUAUUAGGUUAAGUGGGUUUUGACAGAACUGACUCUUGGAAUAACACAGAUUUUGCAAUGUUCUUUAGAGGGGAAUGCUGACAUGUCAGCACAAUCACUCAUGCAUUUGGCAGUCAGUGCGCAGUUUCCUUGACACUAGGUGCUGAAUCAUGUUACUGUAAGGAUGUCAUAGGAAUUACGUGCAGUUGCUUUCAGAAGAUAUGUUGAUGUUUUAGUUGGCUUUUCACAGCCUACUGGGUAAAAAUAUCCACUUCAAUGAAUAAGGAUUUUGUCACCAUUGCAUAUUAUGUAACAAAAUCUAGAUGAUUUAAAAGAUGAUGUGGUAAUAUGUAUCACAUUCUUUUCAUCUUGUGGUUACAAUUUCUAAAUAAACCUAUUGUUUGUGUCUGUUUGUGACUUUUCCAACAUCAAGAUACUCAAUUUCGGAAUGGUCUCGUGGUUUUUUCCAUGCCAUUUUGCUGUGCCACAAUUAAUUAAUUAGGAAUGCUUGAUUCAGUGAAUGGUUUACUGAAUCAAGCAUUCCUAAUUAAUUUAUUGUGGCACAGCAAAAUGACAUGGAAAAAACCCCCACAAGAAUAUCCUCGCGACUAAGAAUCGCUCCUGAGAUGGGGUUCAAACUUGGUAUGAGCGACAGUUGUAUUCUGUUGCUAUAAUUUGUUUUGUCAAAGUUUAAGAACAAACUCACAAGUUUACCUUAUAGGUUCCUGAUAGAGGUAUUUUUAUUUCCAUGCAAUAGACCCACUUGAGGAUGACGUGAAUCCAACAUGUAUACUCUUGUUUUGAUGUGUUGUUUUUGCUGUUCAUGUAAUAAAAUACAAACUUUACCAUU